GUAAACAUGAAACGUCAUCAGUGCGCGCGGGGAGAGCGUGGAGCUGAAGGUGAAGCGGAUCUGUCUGUGGUUCUGGUUCUGAAGUUCGGAGCGUCAGUGGAGUUAGCUACAGGCGGCUUAUAUGCCUGUAUCUAAGUGUGAAUAAUGUUUAUAUGUUUGAUGUAAUCAGGAGUAGCCUGUUUUUCAGUCGAGAUCGGACCCAUCUGUGAUCAGCAGCACGAACCCAAAUGUCAAAGAUGCUGCGUCUCUUGCGUCCAGCUCUAGUCUGUCCAGGCCCCUCCCUUGUGCCAUUGGCCCCGCCCCUCCACAUGCAUACACCUGUCCACAUGCACAGAGCUCACAUGCACACUCCAGUGCAGGUGGCAGAGCAGUUCCUGGUUGGACUUCAGGAGAUGAGCGGCGCCUCCUGGUGGUUGAGCAUAGCAGCAGCGACUUUGACCGUCCGCUCCACUGUGACUCUGCCUCUCGCCGCCUACCAGACUGUGAUCCUGCACCGGGUGGAGGCGCUGCAGAAGGAGAUUUCGGAGCUGUCCCUGAGGCUCAGAUAUGAAGUGUCUGUGAAAGCCAAAGAAGUCGGCUGGAGCCUGGACACCUGCAGGUUCCAGUUUAAGAAGAACAUGAAGAGGAUUGUGUCUGAACUCUACGUACGAGACAACUGUCACCCGUUCAAAGCCUCCAUCUUGGUCCUGGUCCAGGUCCCGGUCUGGAUCAGUCUGUCUCUGGCCCUCAGAGACCUCAGUCUGGACUCCAGCGCUGUGUACUCUGCGCUGGCUGCAGGGGGCGCUCUCUGGUUCAAAGACCUGACUGUCCCUGACUCCACCUGGAUUAUUCCUGUGUCUCUGGGGCUCACCAACCUCCUGCUGGUGGAGUUGGCGUCUCUGCAGCAGAGGCCUGUCUCCGGACGCUUCCAGAGGAUUGUCCUGCACUCGUUCAGAGCAGUGUCCCUCCUCAUGAUCCCUGUGUCUGCGUACGUCCCCACGUGCAUGUCUCUGUACUGGCUCUGCUCCAGUGCGGUCGGACUCGGACACAACAUGAUUCUCCGCUCCCCUAAAGUCCACAGACUCCUCCAGCUCCAGCCCAAGUCCAACACUCCCUACAGAGACCUGUGCGCCGCCUUUGUCACCAAGUAUCUGCGCAAAACCACCACUGAACAUGGCCCCAAACAAGACUAAAGCUUCACGUCAGAUGCCCUCCCUCGUUCUGGGCGUGGGUCAGAUGCCCUCCCUCGUUCUGGGUGUGGGUCAGAUGCCCUCCCUCGUUCUGGGUGUGGGUCAGAUGCCCUCCCUCGUUCUGGGUGUGGGUCAGAUGCCCUCCCUCGUUCUGGGUGUGGGUCAGAUGCCCUCCCUCGUUCUGGGUGUACGUCAGAUGCCCUCCCUCGUUCUGGGUCAGAUGUUUUCCUUCUUGUUGUUGAGUUUUUCAGACUUCCUUCCUCUCCUGGACUCAGGACAAUCACAGGAAGAGCUUCAGUCCACGACGUGACAAAACUUCAUUCAAACAGAAGGUGAACGUCUCAGUGCAAAAGUCCUGUUUAAAUUAUUGAACUAUUUGACUUUGUGAAAAUAUGGAAAAUAUGAUCUGUGGGUUAUUGGUUUAAUCUCUGAGUCACACCGUCGUUGUGUCUUCUGUCCUGGAAAAAAUCAUUGAUAUUGUGUUGAUUUAUGACGUUGAACUUUGUAAUGACUGGACCUGUCCACGUCAAACAACAACCACCACAGAGACUUGAACCAUAAACCAGGUCGACACGUCUGACACUCGACAAACUCACCUGAGGAUUCUCACCUGUCUCAGCUCCGUUUAAACUUUAUGGAUUACAAUGUGAUGAUGUCACAUGACCCCAGCCUCUCGCUGUGACAUCACAACAUUCUGUCGGCCAAUAAUAUUUCACACAGAUCAGUGCAUCUAAAAUCAAUACGGUAAAAGAAACAUACAGAGUCUAACUUCUUUUGAAACAUGUAGUUUUACUCUGGAUCAGAUCUGGACUGAGGGACACAGAUUGAAUCAAUGUGGUCAAAACUGUGAUAUUUCUUAUAAAAGCAAUUCAAUUCAUUUAUUUUUGUAAAGCCCAAAAUCACAACAACAGUUGUCUCGAAGGGCGUUCAUGUUUUGGUUCUAGAGAGUUUCUAGUGACUAAAGGAAAUGAUUUACCCUUUGGAUAUUUCAUAGAAAAGUUCAAUGUAAAGUACAAUGUGAGUAUGACAUCAUCACAGUCUAGAACCUGAAAACCUCCCGUCCGUGGGCUUCAGGCAGGUUCUCCGCUGUUUCAGCAAUAACACAAUUCAAACAAAAAACAAAGUGCAUCCUCCAGACCUGAGAUAUAAUGGUUUUUGUUCAAUUUAAUUUGUUUUUUGUGUUAUUUAUAUUGUUUUAAACAUGUGUCUUUGUGAAUUUAAAACUGUAAACUGUUUUUUAAAAGGACCUCCAGAAGCUUAACUGGCCCUCGGUGCAGCUGACGACGAUCUGAAUAAAAAAAACAUGUUUAAACUGGAGACCUGCAGAUUUAAACGUCACAACAGACGAGUGGAGCAAAUACAGACAUGAUACAGAGAAUUAAACACCAGAGACCAGAGCUACGUGAAACUAGCAUCAUCCAUAUGAUUAAUGCAUGUGCUGUGCAAAUAAAGUACACAAAGUACAGUUUUAUAUUCACAGGAGCAGUCUGUAGUACUGUUACUACUAAAUACUUCAUCAAUAAGGUUCAACAGAUCAAUAAAGUCAACAACUAUUUGACUUUACAAUUAGAAAAUCACAAAGGCUGCAACUGUUAAGCACGCAAGCUAACGGUCAUAUUAGCAUGCUAACUGUCAUGUUAGCACGCUAACUGUCAUGUUAGCACGCUAACUGUCAUGUUAGCACGCUAACUGUCAUGUUAGCACGCUAACUGUCAUGUUACAAACAUUAAACUGUUACAAACUCAAAUACUGUUCUAAUGUGAGACUUGUGUGUCUUAAAAUCUACAAGUUUAAGUAUCAGACAAAGUUAAAAUGACCCAGUGCUGAAACGCUAACGCUAACGCUGAUGCUAAAUACAAUGUUCUUAUUUGAAAUUGAUUUGUUCUUUUUGUUUAAUUUUGAAUCAGCUCUUUUCAUUUUAUAUACUAAACUGUGUACUCUGUGGACUUAUUUAAAUGUUGCAUCUCUUCAGAACAAUAGUCCCUGUGUUCUGUUUUUAUUUUCUGUAGUUUGAUAAUGAAAAGUUCUAAAAUGUCCAGGGACUCUGUUUAUUAUUAAAGCUCCAUAAUGUCCUC